CAUGACCUCGUUAUUCGAACCCCUCUAGAUUUGAAUCACCACUCUCUCUCUCUCUCUCUCUCUUAAAAGGCACUUCUUGAGCGUCCUCGUGUAUCACCUCACCAUGGCUGAGAAACACUUACGAGAGCUGCUACAGGAGGAGCAAGAGCCCUUCCUUCUAAAGCACUACAUUUCCGAGCGACGCACCCAUCUCAAAAGCCCUUCCACUCUCACUAACAAAAACAAAAACAAAAACAAAAACCUGGGCUUCAACAAAUGCCUCCUCUCCCUCCACAGCGCCACCAAAUCCCCGCUCAACGCUCCCCUCAGGCCCUCCAACGCCAAGACCGCCACGCUCCUCCUGGAGGCCGCGCUCAGAAUCCACAAGCCCAAGUCCAAGCCCAACAGGGCCUUCCGCCUCGGCCUCUUCGGCUCGCUCUUCAAGAAACUCACCGCCCGCAAGAGGGAAAUAGAGGCCCGCGUGGUGGAGCCUUCCUGUGAGGUCGGGCUCACGUGCUCUUGCAAUGCCAGGCCCAGCAGCGCCGUCUGGUCGGAGAGCAACGACUUGGAAACUUCUAGCACUGACGACUCCCUCGAAGACAUUCACUUUCUCAACAAACAUAAACAAAACAACUCUCACAACCUUUCUUUUCAUCAUCACACCUUCUUCUGUCACACCCCUUUCCGCUUCUCCCCCCAACGGAGCCCCGACUACUCCGCCCCUCACACUCCGGAUUUCUCCCCGUCGCCGCCGUCUCCCACUCGCCACACACCACAGGACAAAGAAAUGAAUGGUGCUGAUGGCGUCAACAAAUUCCAAUCGGGGGAAGAAGAGGAAGAUAAGGAACAGUGCAGUCCAGUAUCCGUUUUAGACCCACCCUUCGAUGAUGAUGAUGAUGAUGAUGAUGAUGGGCAUGAAAAUGACCAUGGAGAGGAUGGUUUUGAUUUGGACUGUAGCUAUGCCAAUGUACAAAGGACUAAGCUGCAGCUAUUAGACAGGCUUCAAAGGUUUGAGAAGCUUGCAGAGUUAGAUCCAAUAGAGCUUGAGAAAAGAAUGUUAGACCAAGAAGAGGAGUAUGAAACAUUUAUUGAAGAUGAAACAUGUGAAGAAAAGGUUCUGAGAGAAAAAGUGUUUGAAAUCCUCUGCCAUGCAAGAGUUAAUGACAUGCAGCAAACCCCUGAAGACCUUAAGAGGCUGGUUUAUGAUCUCAUCAUGGAGGAAGAGACCCAAGUUAACUCUUCAGAAGAGAGGAACAUGGUAAUCAAAAGGGUUUGUAGGAGGCUGGAGUUAUGGAAAGAAGUAAAGUCCAACACUAUUGAUAUGAUGAUACAAGAGGACUUCUCUAGAGAGGAAGGUAUGUGGAAGAAAAAUGCUGACCAGACAAGGGAGAUAGCUUUGGAACUUGAACAUGCUAUCUUUUGCUUUCUAGUGGAGGAACUAGUGUGUUAAUGUGGGCAAAUUUUGAAGCAGCUGAAGAAUUUAGUAUGAGUAAUUAUCUUUAUUCUUUUAAUUAGAAGGGUAUAGUCUAACUUGCACCUUAUUUGAAUAGACUAGUUAGAUAAAAAGGGACCCAAAAAGAUGAUCUAGGUUGGAGGGAGAACUUGGGGGAUAUGUACAUGAUUCGUGUAUGUAGCUGUCAGGGAAUGCUGUAAAUCACCUUUAUUAAUUAAAAAUACUAUAAUUUUUGCACU